AUGGCUAGAGGAUUAGGGAAGGAGGGGGGUGAAAGUGGUAUAGAAGACUUGCGGGUACGGCAGGAGAAGACAGAUGAGGUGUUAGUCUUUACAGAUGGGUCCAUGAUUGGAGGAUGGGUUGGAGCUGGGUGGUGGAGGAGGGAUAAUGGGGGUGUUGAAUAUGGUGCGAGAAUUCCUUUGGGAAAAGAAAUGGAGGUCUAUGAUAGUGAGCUUGUGGGCAUUGAGGCUGGGAUACGAAAUGGAUUGUUGAUGGCAGUUCAGGAAGGCAGGAAGCAAAUCUUAGUCCUGUCCGAUAAUCAGGCAGCUGUACAGCGAAUGGGCCGAAGGGAGGCAUCAUCAGGAGAAGCAGUUGUUCAACGUGUAUGGGCACUUGUCGCAAGGGCAGAGAGACAUGGUAUUACUGUAACAGUUGGUUGGGUGAAGGGUCAUUGUGGGGUGGAGGGAAACGAGCAGGCGGAUAGGCUUGCAAAGGCAGGAGCGCAGAUGGCACGUGGUGGACGCCAUGCCUACACCUCAAUAGCUUACCUACGACGGCGCACGCGUGAGUUCUGUGGACAGCUAUGGAGCAAACACUAUCAUAGGGCAGUGGCAGGUAAAGGCAAGAGGUAUGGUGGGACUCCGAGUAAGAGGUGGAAGGUGGUUUUUGAGCGCAAGGAUCGUGGGGCACGCGCACUGCUGAGCCGGCUUAG